CUAGAGAUGCUGCCUGGCCUGCUGCGUUCACCAGCAACUUUGAUGUGUGUUGCUUGAAUUUCCAGCAUCUGCAGAUUUCCUUGUGUUUGCGUUUCUAAAUUCAGAUGUCCCUUCCACUUUCUGCAGCCUCAUUUCCUUUUGAGAGUUUGCCUGCUGCACAUUAGCUCAACAACGCAACAGCCUGUUGUCUCCACGGACCAGCUUAAGCAAAGCUGGCCCUGCUCAGUGUUGGACUUGCUCAGUGAGACCACAGCAGCUAGAUCUGGCUGACAGUUUAACUGGCAGUGAGCCCUUAAAGAGGCGAUUAUGGCGGACAAUACAUCUGGUGCCGGCCAACAGUCAGAUGAAAGGCCACCUGAAGGUACCAGCCAACAGUCAGAUGAAAGGCCGCCUGAAGGUACCAGCCAACAGUCAGAUGAAAGGCCGCCUGAAGGUACCAGCCAACAGUCGGAUGAGAAGCCGUCUGAAGAUUGUGGUGUCUCCAUCGAGCGGCUGGAUACGAAAGAGACUCUCUUUAUGUUACUCGCUCUGCACAUGGAGGAGUCUCCAUUCUGUGAGGAACCAGUCAAAUGUGAGGUUAACAAAACUGGAAUUGUCGUGUGUGAGUCUAGUUCCGUGCAGAGGAUUGUGGCGAUGGAUUGCUCCCGGAAAAAGUUACAUGCUGCCCAGCUCGUCACCAUGCACCUGUCCAAGGCAAUCACAGGAUGUAAUGUGUACCUGUCCAGGAAACCCUGCACAGAGUGUGCAAAGUGUCUAGUUCAAGGAGGGGUUCAUUCCAUAUUUUUCUGGCCCAAGGAGCCUGAAUUUAAGCGCAUGAACAAAAAUUAUAAGGAAGACCUUAAAAACGUCAACCAAAUCUUCCGAAGCAGCAGCACCUUUGUGCUGCCCUAUGUGCCGGCCAUUGAUGACAAGCUAGCUGAAUUCAUACUCUGCCAGCGUACUCGCAGACAGAAAUGUAAAGAAUGUCGGCGUUCCAGUCCAAAGACCAACUUGCGAGAAGAGAUGGUAGAAUAUUGUAGUGACUGUGACUUGCCUGUCUCACCAACCAUGGAAAGCAAAAUAGCCUCUACACUCCAGAGCUAUAAUGCACUCCUGAACUGUAACCAUGGCACUUUCACUGAAACCAAGGAAUUGUCCCUGGAGCAUGUUACUCACUCAUUGCAACUUUGCUUCCUCCUGGCUGCUCGAUCAGAUGAUCCAGCAAAUGGUAUUGGAGCCAUAAUCUACAACAAGCAGAAGCAGUACAUUGUUGGAGCUGGCUACAAUGGCUAUAUCAAGCAAGCAUCAUAUGGAAACUUCCCUCGCAGAGGAAGACGCGAUAAACAGAAAGUGGCCAAGGGCAAAUUCAUGGUCCAUGCAGAAGUGAAUGCCAUUCUCUUCAGGUCAGCCGAAGAUUUAGAUUCUGCCGUGCUAUUUUCUUCAAAAAUACCUUGCAGUAAAUGUGAAAAAAUGAUCAUCGCAUCUGGCAUUAAGACUGUGGUUGCCGUCAAAGAAACCAAGAAAGAAGUAAAGCAUGUGGAAGGAGCUGGUAAACUUGGAUGCAAUACUGGCAUUUCAGAAGGCAAAGGAUUGGGAAAGUGUGCUAAGGAUUCAGAAGGAGAACCUGGGACUUCAGAAGAGGAAGAUAUGACAUCAGAAAAUAUGCAGCAAUUGUUGGCAGUUAACAAAGAAUCAGACGUUGAAAUUAUGUUGUGGGAAAUUCCCAGUGACCAGCAAGUUGCUGAGCAAUUUCCCAGACAGCUCAAUACUCAGCUACAGAGUGAAUCACCUGGUGCCAUUUGCCGCUUGCCAAAGAAGGAUGACCUGAUGACAUUUCUGGCUUUACAUAUGGAAAGAUCUCCUUUGUGUGAGGCGCCAAAAGGAAGUGGCAACAUUAAAUUUUCGAAAACAGGGAUUGCUAUCCUGAACACCACAGAAAGCAAUCGUAUACUUACCAUUGAGUGCUCCAGGAAUGGGCUUCAUGCUGUGGAGCAGGUGCUCCUAUCCUCUCCAAGGUCUCUGCAGGGAUGUACAGUCUACUUGUCUAGGUACCCCUGCAUCAUCUGUGCAAAACUACUCAUUCAAGGUGGUGUUUAUCGCAUUUGCUAUUGGCCCAACCUGGAACAACUGGAUAAUCAGACUCAAAGAGAUCAGAAAGAUAACACCAGUGUUAGUCAGCUCUUUCCUGAAGCUGGAGUAAUUUGUGAUAUGUACAUUCCAUUACUGCAUUUAGACACUAUUAAGAAAAAGGUUUCACCAAAAGCAAGAGUGAUACCAACAAAAGACAACAUAAAAUGUGAAUCGUUUUUUCACAUGAAUGAAAUGGUAGAUGGCACCAUGGAAGCUCUGGGUUUAUCACAUCUCAUAGACAAAGAUUAUAUAGCUAAGUUCAGUAACCAGGUAAAAAAUGCACAUGAUUGUUAUAGAGCACUUAUAAGGUGCUCCCGUGGCUCUUUUGUAACAGACAAUUCAGUGACACGUAAUAAUAAUGUGGAAAGGAAACAACCCAGUGAACUUCAGAAAGAUGAGAAGAAGCAUAUACAUGCCCUGCAGCUGUGCUUCCUUCUGGCUGCAAGAACUGAUAGUCCUGGCAGUGGAGCAGGAGCACUGAUCUCCCAGAAAGAUUGCUUUGUGGGAAUAGGCUACAAUGGUUUUCCAAAAGGAAAUCAUCGUGGUGACUAUCUGAGUUCCGAAAGUUCAACAUCCAGCCUGCUCAUCUGCGCGGAGGCUAACACUCUUUGUUUCAGGUAUAAACAGGAUCUGCAAGAAGCCACCCUGUAUACCAGCACCUACCCCUGUCCUAAGUGCAUGAAGUUAACAGAAAACGUUGGAGGCAUCACAAAGAUUGUUUGUGUUAAGCCCAAAGAUGGUGAGCAUUUGCCUCCAGUUCCAAAGGACAUAACGUGUUGGAUGUGGAAACCAGAUACGGACAUAACAGAUGCCGCAAUCAAGUGCCACCAAUUCUGAACAGGACCCUACUUCAUGAGGAAUAGAGUGGCGUUCAAUGACUGAUGCUGGGCAGUGUUAGAUCUUACUGCUACUGUGCAUGCAAGCAUGGCUCUGUUGAAGGCAAAGGAAAACCAUUCAAACCCAACAUCAGUCAAGGAACUUCCUCCACAAUCCCCUGUAAGCUUUCCAAUUCAGUGAUAUAACCUCUUUAAAAUUUUAGACUGAAUAAUAUAUUUUUAGAAAAUAAAGAAAGUAGGAAAUAUGAAAAGCCAGUGAGAUGCAAAAGAGAGAUUAAGGAAACAUUAUGGGAGAAAGCAGAUCAAAGUGUUCUAAUUCGGCUCCAAUGCUUACUGGUUAGAAAACAGAUCUGGGAAAUAGGUGGCAGUUAAGGAAAGUAACUAACUGUCCAUCUGAAUCCAACCUGGUUAUUGUAGUAAUUCCUUUGCAAUAGCUAUAAUUCUAGUUACAGCUUAUUUUACACAAUACUCAUGCAGAGCAAGUAGUUAAAGAAUACCUGAUUUUCAAGGGCAGCACAGUGAUACAGUGGGUAGAACCAUUACCUCAGAGCACCAGAGACCCGGGUUCAAUCCCAAUUGUGUGGGUUUCUUCUGGGUGUUCCAGUUUCCUCCUACAUCCUGAAGACAUGCAGGUCAGUGGGUUAAUUGGUGGCUUGUAAAUUAUUCCUAAUGUGUAGGUGAGAGGUGGAAUAUGUUGUGUGUUGUGGUAUGUGGGAAUAAUAAAAAAUGGGAUUAACAUAUGAUUAUUGUAGGUGGGUGGUUGGUAAUCAGUAUAGACUAUGACAGGUUAGUCCUCCCCACCCCCCGCAAUUUCACUUCUUACCAUGGUGGACUGUAGCACCAGGUGGCCAGAGGCCGUCCCUCUAGCAUCAAUGAUAUUUCCUCUGACCCCAAUUCACUUCAGACCUCCAAACUGCAAUGAUUCAGAACCUCAGCAUUAGGAUAUAUCACACAAUGGCGUAUCACCUGCAAUCCAAUAGCCUACGCAAGCGGUUUCACCGCUCCUUAAAAGUUGCUCUGAGGGCUUCCCUGACUGAUGAGUUUUGGCAUGAUCAUCUCCCAUGGGUCUGACUGGAACUCAACUGUUCAGAAAGAGGACCUGUGUCUUCCGUGGCUGAGUUGGUAUACAGGCAUCCAUUACAAGUGCCAGGUGAUUUCAUUCAUGAUCCCAUGACCACCUGGUCAGCCUCUCAGCGGCGUUCCCCCCCCCUCAGUAAAUUCGAUCCCUUUUCACCUAACUCUACCUCCCUUCAUGGUGUACAGCACUCUUGGGUUCCUGUUGACCUACAUCCCGCCUUGUUUGUUUUCAUCCACCAUGGCGCACACCAACAUUCCCUUCGGCCUCCUUGCGAUAGCAAUUCUGCAAUUUGGAAUGGGGAGAAAAGACUAUUGUAGAUAGGAGAGGUAAACCUGAAUGUACUUUGGUAGAUCAUCCUAAACCGGCCCACCAAGAUUUGGAGUGUUCUGCUGCCGUACCCCUGGCAUCACAAUAUGACCAUAAGUGUGUCAAUGCACCUCUGGAUGAGCCAGAGGCACCUGCGGUUCCUCUGCCCAUGGCACACAGGAUCCGAACUAGGCGGCUCAUCAGGGCUCCAGACAGGCUCACAGUGCUGGUUUUAGUGAAUUCUGUGGGGCGGGGGGUGGGCUGUGUAGGGUAAUGUAAUUUACAUAAUUCACAACCACCAGCAUUGAGUUGGGGUUUCGCUUUAAGAGACUGGUCUGACGUGAUGAUGUUACGUAAGGACUUUUAGCACAAACUUUUGUGUUUAGGGUUUUGGAAUACAGUAAAAUGUGUUACAUGUUUCAUUAAACAUAAAACAGCUCACUUCAUUUUAUUUGCAAAAACUUACACCGUGACUAAGAUGAAACUAAAAGCUCUUUAACUUAAUAUAUUGCAAUCACUGUAUUAGGUGAUGUAAGGGAAAAAACAUGGCAUUGGUAAUUAUGUACGUAAGUAAUAUGAGAACAUAAGUGGACCCAACAUGUGUGCCCAGCAUUCAUAAUGGGAUGUCAGUUGGGUUAGCUUUGUACCCUCUGUGUGAUUAGCAGCACUUGUACUGUGCCUUGUAAAAGUAUUCAGCCCCUUACCCUUUGUUCACACUACAACCAGAGAUUUUGUUCAAUUUAACUGAGAAUUUUUAUUUGUGAAUCACAUGCUCCUUUUUCACAACAGAGGCCAAAAAAUACAGAAAAUUGUAAAGAAUGAAAAACUAAAAAUUAAGAACCGAAAUAUCAGCAGUUCAAAAGAAUUCAUCCCCCUUUGUUCGGUACUUAGUUGAACCACCUCUCACAGCUAUUACAGCCAGUAGUGUUGGAUAAGUCUCUAUCAGCUUUGCACAAAGUGAUAGAGCAAGAUUUGCCCAGCCCUCCUUGUAAAACUGCUCAAGCUGUGCCUGGUUAGUUGGGGAGUAGUGGUGGAGAGCAAUCUUGUGGACUUGCCAGAGAUUUUCAGUCAGGCCACUCAAGAACAUCAAUUUUCUUCAUUUGAAGCCACUCUGUGGUUGCUCUGGCAGUGUGCUUUGGGUCGUUGUCUACUGAAAGAAUAACUUCCUCCUCAGUUUAAGCUUUCUGGCAGAGGCUAGCAUGUUUUUAUCCAGGAUCUCUCUGUUUAGCAGCAUUCAUCUUCCCAUCAAUUCUGACCAGAUUUCCAGUCCCUGCUGCUGAACAUCUUCUCAUAGCAUAAUGCUAUUUGCACUAUAUUUUACAUGUUACCCAGCUGAUGCGCAGUAUUUAAUUUAUGCCACAUGUAUUGCUCAGUAUUGAGGCCAAAAAGUUCCACUUUAGCCUCAUCCAACCACAAAAUCUUAGAAACAUAGAAAAUCUACAGCACAAUAUAGGCCCUUCGGCCCAUAGUGCUGCGCCAAACGUGUGCUUACUUUAGAAAUUACCUAGGGUUACCCAUAGCUCUCUAUUUUUCUAAGCUCCAUAUACUUAUCCAGGAGUCUCUUAAAAGACCCUAUUGCAUCCGUCUCCACCACAGUCGCAAGCAGCCCAUUCCACACAUUCACCAGUCUCUGCGUAAAAAACUUACUCCUGACAUCUCCUCUGUACCUACUUCCAAGCACCUUAAAUCUGUGCCCUCUCAUGCUAGCCAUUUCAGCCCUGGGAAAAAGCCUCUGACUAUCCACAUGAUCAAUGCCUCUCAUCAUCUUAUGCACUUCUAUCAGGUCACCUCCAAUCCUCCGUCGCUCCAAGGCCAAAUUCAUUAAACCUAUUCUCAUAAGGCAUGCUCCUCAAUCCAGGCAAUAUCCGUGUAAAUUUCCUCUGCACCCUUUCUAUAGUUUCCACAUCCUUCCUGUAGUGAGGUGACCAGAACUGAUCACAGUAUUCCAAGUGGGGUCUGACCAGGGUCCUAUAUAGCUGUAACAUUACCUCUUGGCUCUUGAACUCAGUCCCACAGUUGAUAAAGGCCAAUGCACCAUAUGCCUUCUUAACCACAGAGUCAACCUGCACAGCAGCUUUGAGUGUCUAUGGACUCGGACCCCAAGAUCCCUCUGAUCCUUCACACUGCCAAGAGUCUUACCAUUAAUGCUAUAUUCUGUCAUCAUAUUUGACCUACCAAAGUGACCCACCUCACCCUUAUCUGAGUUGAACUCCGUCUGCCACUUCUCAGCCCAGUUUUGCAUCCUUUCGAUGUCCUACUGUAACCUCUGACAGCCCUCCACACUAUCUACUACACCCCCAAUCUUUGUGUCGUCAGCAAAUUUACUAACCCAUCACUCCACUUCCUCAUCCAGGUCAUUUAUAAAAAUCACAAAGAGAAGGGGUCCCAGAACAGAUCCCUGAGGCAUACCACUGGUCACCAACCUUCAUGCAGAAUAUGACCCAUUUACAACCACUUUUUGCCUUCUGUGAGCAAGCCAAUUCUGGAUCCACAAAGCAAUGUCCCCUUGGAUCCCAUGCCUCCUUACUUUCUCAAUAAGCCUUGCAUGGGGUACCUUAUCAAAUGCCUUGCUGAAAUCCAUAUACACUACAUCUACUGCUCUACCUCCAUCAAUGUGUUUAGUUGCAUCCUCAAAAAAUUCAAUCAGGCUCUUAAGGCACUACCUGCCUUUGACAAAGCCAUGCUGAUUAUUCCUAAUCAUAUUAUGCCUCUCCAAAUGUUCAUACAUCCUGCCCCUCAGGAUCUUCUCCAUCAACUUACCAACUACUGAAGUAAGACUCACUUAUCUAUAAUUUCCUGGGCUAUCUCUACUCCCUUUCUUGAAUAAGGGAACAACAUCCGCAACCCUCCAAUCCUCUGGAACCUCUCCUGUCCCCAUUGAUGAUGCAAAGAUCAUCACCAGAGGCUCAGCAAUCUCCUCCCUCGCCUCCAACAGUAGCCUAGGAUAUAUCUUGUCUGGUCCCAGUGACUUAUCCAACUUGAUGCUUUCCAAAAGCUCCAGCAUAUCCUCUUUCUUAAUGUCUAUAUGCUCAAGCUUUUCUGCUGUAAGUCAUCCCUACAAUUACCAAGGUCCUUUUCCAUAGGGAAUACUGAAGUAAAGUAUUCAUUAAGUACCUUCGCUAUCUCCGCCAGUUCCAUACACACUUUUCCACUGUCAGACUUGAUUGGUCUUAUUCUCUCACAUCUUAUCCCCUUGCUCUUCACAUACUUGUAGGAUUCCUUGGGCUUUCCUUAAUCCUGCUUGUCAAGACCUUCUCAUGGCCCCUUCUGGCUCUCCUAAUUGCAUUCUUAAGCCCCUUCCUGCUAGCCUUAUAAUUUUCUAGAUCUCUAUCUUUACCUAGUUUCUUGAACCUUUUAUAAGCUUUCUUUUCUUCUUGACUAGAUUUUCAACAGCCUUUGUACACCAUUCUACCCUACCAUCCUUUCCCUAUCUCAUUGGAAUGUACCUAUGCAAAACUCCACGCAAACAUCCCCUGAACAUUUGCAACAUUUCUGCCGUACAUUUCCCUGAGAACAUCUGUUCCCAAUUUAUGCUUCCAAGUUCCUGCCUGAUAGCUUCAUAUUUCCCCUUACUCCAAUUAAGUGCUUUUCUAACUUGUCUGUUCCUAUCCCUCUCCAAUGCUAUGGUAAAGGAGAUAGAAUUGUGAUCACUAUCUCCAACAUGAUCUCCCACUGAAAGACCUGACACCUGACCAGCUUCAUUUCCCAAUACCAGAUCAAGUACAGCCUGUCCUCUUGUAGGCUUAUCUAAAUAUUGUGUCAGGAAACCUUCUCUGUUAUCAUUUCUCUGACUUGUCUUAAAUACUCUUUUAUAUUCAUUUUGGUUUGGUCUAUUGGAAAUCUGCCAUACUGCUGGACCUUACGGGGGGUGGGGGGGAACGUCAACUCAGACCAUGCUCAGAGACCUGCGUCUGGUAUUUUCAUGCCUUACAAGGCGCAGGUUGGAAGUCUGUGUGGGGCGCCACUCCUUGCACAGACACUAGAGCAAUGUGUGGUUAAGUGCUUUGCUCAAGGACACAAACACGCUGCCACAGCUGAGGCUCAAACUAGCAACCUUCAGAUCACUAGAUGAACGCCUUAACCACUUGGCCACGUGCCCUUACAGAGAUGGAUUACAGACCUUACAGAGAGAUGGUGUACUUAUUCUUAUGAAUUCAUUGAAAACAUGUGAUCCUCCAACUUUCUACAUCAACAAAUUGUUUAAAUUGGUAAGGUAAUAUACAGCAGGGGUCCCCAACCUUUUUUGCACCGCAGACUGGUUUAAUAUUGACAAUAUUCUUGCGAACCGGCUGACCGGAGUUGGGGGCGGGGGGGACGGUGUUAAUCACGACCAGAAUAUAGGUGAUAAGUCAACUAUAAGUCACUUAUAAGUGGCUAAUACACUCAAGUUUGUUUCUGAAAGGGUUUAUCUAACGAAUUUAAUAUUAAACACAGCGCAUAUUUUUCCUUGCAUGAAUAUAGUGAUAAGUCAAUUAUAAGUCACUUAUAUAAGUCAAUAGCAUCAUAACAUUUUAAGUAACAUUUGGCUAUUAAACACACAGCGCAUAUUUUCCCCGUAUGAAUGUAUAAAAUCAUUGCAACACACCAAUAUAGCUGAAUCAAUGGGAGCCAACAAGACGGUCCCAUCGAGGGGUGACGGGAGACAGCGAUACUCAAAGGGGGUUCCUUAUGUAAUGACCUCGUGUGCGUUCAAGUGCCAACAGUGCGCAUGACAGGGAAUGAGGAAAGGUGUAGCUGACUUAUAUCGUUUCAUAUUGCCAAAUCAUACCCUUUCCUCGCGGCCCAGUACUGGUCCGUGGCCCGGUGGUUGGGGACCAAUGAUAUACAGUAUUGCACCUGAGGAAAGUUAGUAUAGUAAUUACAAACGGCAUGAAUACUUUUCAGCUUCACAAUUUUUUUUUGUUUUUUAGUAAAUUGUUGACAGGUUUUGGAAUUUUUCCUUUGAUUUGAAUGAUGUUUUGAGAUUAGCUCAAAAAUCCUACUUCAGUAUAUUUCAGAUUUAGAAAAUAAGACAGUAAAAUGUAAAAACAGUUGGGGCUGAAUACUUUUUCAAGGCACUGUAUCUGACAGUACUUAGUUCAUCAGAGAUAGUUAGAGCAUAAAAGGACAAAAAUUACUUCAUUCUAAACAAGCUAAAUCAAUGUCACAUAAUGUAUAAUAAGCCAAUGAUUGAAAAAAAUGUUAUUUCUAAUCAAAAUUUUAUUCCAACUGAUUUAAAAUUUGUGCUUCAAUGGCAAUUAAAAUCUGUGAUAACGAUUUACAUUUAUGAGGGAAACUCGCUGUUUAAUAAACAAAAACCA